AUGGCCGCCAAAGCAGGCCACACAAACAUGAUGACCGAUACCAUCAUCGCCAAUCUCCCACCAGAAGCCCUUCGAUCCACCCUGCGAGGUCUUCUCGGCGGAAAUGCACCAUUGACAGCGAAGUUCAACUCAAUAGUGUCAGACUACCUAAUCAGUACCAAACCAACCCCGUUUCCAGAAUUAUUCGUCGUCACCGAUGCAGGAUUCAGGACGCUGCCGGCGUUGCAAGAGCAAAUGAUUCGGUACAGAUGUCUGAUGGGGUGUGGAAAAGGGGUUGAGAGCUUGUGUGAAGUUUUGAAUGUGGUUGCGCAAUUGAAGGAAUUUGGAGAGAAUUUGGGUUGGGAGGACGCCGGGAUUAUGGAAAAGCUUGCUGAUAUAGGAGGAGAAAUUGCCGGGAUUGACGGUGAUGUUGUACAAGCUGUUACUGCUGUGCACAAGGAGUUGAUUGUUGACGGUGAGACGCGGGCGAUGGAGGAUGUUGAAAUUGAUAUUGCGGUAAAUCUUGUAAAAGCGCUACGGUCGUGCCAGGAUAAACUGGAAGGUGGAGGCGUGUCGUUUGAACGUGCGGUUCAGAGUGUUGAGACGUUGUUAAAAUCGCAAAGGAACGAGCAGAAUAUUGAUCGAUCUUCUAACCCGCGCUCGACGGGCUUCAAAUCAACAGUUUCCAAGCUUGAAGCUUUCAAGCUCGGAGACGCGCAAGUUCCAAGGAUAUUCUGUGGGCUAUGGCAGUUCUCGAGUCCUGCUUGGGGUACCGCAACUAAGGAGAAGAUUCAUGCGGAUUUUAGAAAGCAUGUCGAUGCGGGACUUAUUGCUUAUGAUAUGGCAGAUCAUUAUGGAGAUGCAGAAGCUACGUUCGGCGGGUUUCGCUCCAGUCAAGCUGAUUCUGCGUCCAUCUUUUGUGCGACCAAAUGGUGUGUCUUCAACCACAUCCAAGUUUCUAAGGACUUGGUGGACUCAAGUAUCAAUGAACGACUAUCCGCAAUUAAUGCGACCGAGGUGGAGUUACUUCAAUUCCACUGGCAGGACUACGAUGACCAUCAGUAUGUUGAGGCAGCAAAGUUGAUCGAGGCAAACCCACAUGUCAGGAACCUCGGCCUGUGUAAUUUUGAUACCGUGCACAUGAAUGAGAUGCUUGAUAGUGGUAUGAAGGUUGUUUCGAAUCAAGUCCAGUUUUCUCUUAUUGAUUUGCGGCCAACGUUCUUGAUGGCAGAAAGUUGUCGCAAACAUGGUGUCAAACUGUUGACUUAUGGAUCUUUGUGUGGAGGCUUCCUUGCAGAAAAAUGGUUUGGGAAAUCAAUGCCUGGGCUCUUUGACAAAGACAUGACACCGAGUCAUCGAAAGUAUCUGGAGAUGAUAACCAUUUGGGGAGGCUGGCCACUUUUCCAAGAACUACUUGCCGUACUCCGUGCUUUAGGCCAGAAAUACAAAGUGACUGUUUCCAACGUCGCUGUGAGAUGGAUUUUGGAUCACGAUUUCGUCGGUGCUGUGAUUGUUGGUUCGCGGAUGGGAAUAAGUGAGCACAUUGAAGAGAAUCUGAAAGUGUUCUCUUUCGGCUUGGAAAAAGAUGAUCAAGAGCUCAUCGGACAAGUGCUGGAACGCUCCAAUGCGAAAGAAGUGUUUGAAGCGAUGGGCGAUUGUGGUGCAGAGUAUAGGUAA